CUUGACCCCCCGGGGACUUUAACUGGAGGACAACAACAGGAAACGUCCGGUCCACUGCCGUCUUCCGCCCUCCACUAUCUCUCUCUCAGUGUUAACUAAAUUAAUGUUUGUGAAUAAAUGUUGAAUUUAAAUCCUUCUAAAAUCACACAGGGACCGGGAUCGAUUUUUUUUAAUGAAAAGAAGUCAUCCGCCUUCUCCACCGCGUCGGAAACAAGUUAACAGCAACAGCCUUAGUUCAAGCCCCGCCCAAAUGGAGGACCGCGGCCUAACCGCAGGCGAGGCAUUGUCCCGGCAACCGUGGCUCCCUGUCUGCAUCGGCAAGGACCAGCUCCUCGCCAAGGCCUGGUUCGGGGACCUGGCCUACCACAUCCUGCUGACGGACACGCGCGCCGUCUGGGCGGAGAGCAUGGACUCUGCCGCCAUCCAGAGGCGAGCCCAGGAGCUGAACAAACGUCUGCGGGCCCCUGUAGAGGCCUUCUACUCCCACCUGAGGGACGUUGCCCUGCCCUGCCUGUCCGGGCCAUUGGGGGAGGGCGAGGUACCGGCGGGGGGCGGGGCCCCGGAGGAGGGCGGAGCCACGGUGACCCUGACCCGUCCCGGGUCGGGGACGGGGGCCGGCGGGGGGGUCUGCGUGAGGCUGAAGAGCGAGCUGGCUGGGCUGCCCUUCCACUGGGAGUUCCGCCUGGCCUCUCCCCCCGCCGACACGGUGUGUAGUGAGCUGGUACGCCCUCUGCUGGUGAUGAGCCGGCUGCUGCAGACCCAGGUGGACCAGCUGGGGGCGCUGUUGGCCCGCAAGGACGCCCAGAUCCAGGACUACAGGGAGACAGGGGCCACUCUCAGCAGAGCCCGUCUCCAGACUGAGGUCUUUGACGAACAGGCCUACAAGGACAACAUCAUUGCACAGCUCCUCCCCCAGGUGAUGUCAGAGCAAGGGAAGGGCUUCGUCUUCGACUCAGACCUGAGGGAGCUCUACUCCGCCGUCGUCGCCCACGGAAACCCGGGCAAACGCAAGCGCCCCUCCUCCCCCUCCUCCCCAUUGGCUACCGAGGGACGGGAGGUGGAGCUUGCGCCGAGCCAAACCCCGACUCCAGGGGGCGCCGACGCCAGAGGGGAAGCCCCGCCCACCAGGUCCGUCCAGGUAGAACCAGGAGCUAAUCAGGAGUCGCCAAGAAGCAAGAUGGCCGAGCGACAGGCCGAGGGCGUCCGGACGCAGACUAGACCAAAGAAGAAGAAGGCUGUGGGUCUGUUCCGCUGAGGAAUUGAGCCGGGAUCCACAGACCAACGCUCUGUUUUUAAUUGUUUGUUUUAAACUUUUUUAUGAUGUUUUAUUUGUUCAUGAGUUCAUGAGUGUGUGGGUAAGGGACAUUAAAGGGGUUUUGAGAUUAUUGAGAUUGCUUCUGCUGAUUUCUCAUUGUCAUUAUCUGAGAAAAAAAAGACUUUGGUAUGUUUUAAAUGAAAUGUAAAGGAAUGAACCGAUAAAAUAUGUAUUUUACUUUUGAAUUAAAAAACGACAAU